ACUUUUCAAAAUGAAUUUGUAUUCUGCUAAUAAUAAACACGCAUGUAAAAGUUUGACUGUUUUUACGAUACUUUUUGUUCUUGGUGCGUGUAUCGUAGCGUCAUGCACUCAAGAAACUUCUAACCUCAAACAUGAAAAUGUCACGUUGCAUAAUAAGAGCACCACGUUACCAGUCGAUACCCAAACAAAUUUGGCUACCAGCAAUUCCACGGAAUCAGGUGUCUCUGAAAAAUCUCGAACUACUGAUUCAAAGUCGAACACUACUGUGACGAGCGUAAUAAUAAACACUAAAUCUGAAACUACAUAUACAAGUACAGUUCGGCCUGAACGUGAAAGUAAUCAGACCACUGAAAAAGUUAAUACAGUACCAACAAAUAUUAUUAACGAUAAAAAUGGAAGCAUUAUACCAGAUUUCACAGUUCCAUCGCAAAGUUCAGACAUUAGCAAUACAACAAAUACGAGUACAACAACUGUUACGCCAGCAGAACCAGUAUUACCUGACAAGGGAUCCGCAGAAGAGGAACAUAACAGUUCGAUGUCUAUAUUUUUCGUUCUUUGUGUUUUAGCAUUGGGCAUUCUACUUAUACAUCUUAUGCUGCAAACAAAUUUUCAAUAUCUACCAGAGUCAGUAGUAAUUGUUUUCUUGGGAGGUGCUAUUGGUAUGAUCAUAAAUCUUAUGUCGAAUCAGAAUAUAGCUAAUUGGAGAAAAGAGGAAGCUUUUUCUCCAACUGCUUUCUUCCUUGUACUCCUCCCACCUAUCAUAUUUGAAUCAGGGUAUAAUUUGCAUAAAGGAAAUUUCUUUCAAAAUAUCGGUAGUAUUUUAGUUUUUGCUAUAUUUGGCACAGCAAUAUCAGCAUUUGUUAUUGGUGCUGGAAUCUAUUUAUUAGGAUUAGCUCAAGUAGCAUAUAAACUCAGUUUUGUUGAAAGUUUUGCAUUCGGAUCGUUAAUAUCCGCGGUAGAUCCAGUUGCUACUGUAGCUAUAUUUCACGCCUUGGACGUGGAUCCUGUAUUGAACAUGUUAGUUUUUGGUGAAUCCAUUUUAAACGAUGCAAUUUCUAUUGUAUUAACUACAUCUGUAUUGGAAUCCAACAAUGCAGGAACUACUAGCGAAGCUAUUAUCCUCGGUUUAAAUAGAUUUUGUCUUAUGUUCUUUGCUUCUGCUGGCAUCGGAGUUGUCUUUGCUCUUAUAAGUGCGUUAUUACUUAAACAUGUGGAUCUCAGGAAAAAUCCUUCUCUUGAAUUUGGACUUAUGUUGGUAUUUACUUAUGCGCCAUAUGUUCUGGCAGAAGGCAUACAGUUAUCUGGUAUCAUGGCAAUUUUGUUUAAUGGAAUUGUAAUGUCACAUUAUACACAUUUCAAUUUAUCAACUGUUACUCAGAUUACAAUGCAACAGACUAUGAGAACUUUGGCAUUUAUUGCUGAAACUUGCGUAUUUGCGUACUUGGGUUUGGCUUUGUUCAGCUUUAGACACAGGGUUGAACCAGCAUUAGUAGUGUGGUCCAUAAUUCUGUGUCUCAUUGGUAGAGCUGCAAACAUAUUUCCUCUAGCUCUUCUCGUUAAUCGUUUUCGGGAACAUCAGAUUACUAGAAAAAUGAUGUUUAUAAUGUGGUUUAGCGGCUUACGCGGUGCUAUUUCUUAUGCUUUGUCACUUCAUUUGAAUUUUAGUGAUGAAACACGACACGUGAUUAUUACUACUACAUUAAUUAUAGUGUUAUUCACAACGUUAAUAUUUGGUGGUUCUACUAUGCCACUAUUAAAGUUUUUGAGAGCAGAAAAGAAACAAAAGAGUAAUAGUAGGAGAAAGAGAAAGGACAAAGAAAUUUCGCUGAGUAAAACUAGAGAAUGGGGACAAACAAUAGAUUCUGAACAUUUGUCGGAGCUUACAGAAGAGGAAAUAGAAGUAUCUUUCCUUCAAUCACGAAUUCGUGGUUUUGCAAGAUGGGAUCUAAAGUUUUUUAUUCCAUUUUUCACGAGGAGAUUUACUCAACAAGAAUUGAAAGAUUGUAAAUCUCAAAUGACAGAUUUAACAAAUCAAUGGUACCAAGCUAUUCGAAUUAGUCCUAUGGAAUCAGAUGAUGAAGUAACUACCGCGUCAACCGCCCAAUUAAAUAUAAAUCUAUCCGGGGAAAGUAGAAGUCAAGUACAUGGAAAACAUACCAAAGGACGUCCAAGUCACGGAGAGGACGUGGAUUGGUCAAAUUAAUAGUCGAAUUUAUAUAGAUAAAUUUGUGGAUUAUUUCAUCGGUUAAAAGUAUUGGUGUACUAAAGCAUGAAGUUAACAUUGCAUUAUUAAUGUUGUACUUGCGAAAAAACCCCAAGUUCAUGCAUACUAACGUAAUUAAUCUUACAGUUAGGAAAUUAGGAAAUUGUUAACGCCUUAGUACAAAAGUACAGUUCCGUUAUAAUAAUUUGUUACCGUAUACAAAGUCAUCAGUUGCAAGUGAAAUAGCAAUUGUGAGUUAAUGAGUGAAAUGGAACAAUAUAACAUAGUACAUACAAUAUAUAGAAACACUAAGUAUAAAUUAUACUUUUGAAGCUCCUAUUUGAUACUACGAGUAGCAGAUAGGAAUACGAGUAUUAUUUCGUUCCUUUUCAUUUAAUCAGUAAUAGGUAGGUAACGCGAGGAAGAGGAGAAAUAUGUGAUACUUUGGAGAUUUAAAUUUCUGCACAAAGAAAGUUAUGUAUAUUAAUCUUUACACACUGGUUAUACUGCAUAUCUUGUGACAUAAGUAUCUGUAUAAAGUAUAGUAUUCAUAUGGCACUAAAUACUUAAUGUUAAGUGUAAUAAGCUUAAUUUCAUAAAACUACUGUAGCUAUACAUGGCAUAUAUACCAAAAUUAUUACAAGUCAAUAUACGUUUGAUCGUUUAAAUCCUUAAAAAUGUUUUGUGUUUUAAAGAAUUACAUAUUUUUGACAUUCAUAUGGAUAUCAUAGAUAAAGAUGUAUAAUAAUAGGAUAUUUACUAACUUUUCUUUUAACAGUUUUAGUCUAAUAAAUUAACAUAUGUCUCUGUACCCAAGUAAUACAUUUUAAAUUUUAUGUUUUUAUAAUCUAACAACGACAAUUUUCAUUGACUCUUAGUUUGUAAUGAAAGUUUAACUUCAUUCUUGCCACUAAUCUUCCUAUGUUCUUCUUUUUCUUCAUUAUUUUCUGUAACAUCUGUAAAUAUCCUAUUAUAUUAUUAACGUAUUUUAUAUAAUAUUGUUAUAUUUUAUAUGUAUAAUGUGUUUAAUACACUGUAUUUGAAUUUCAAUCGUAUAAAAUGUGUAUUUUCAUCAACCUAUUUUAUUGUUUUGAUAGCAUCGA